AUGGCGCAGGAUUCACACGCUGCCUCGUCAGGCUUCCGCUCGUUGCUUCCUGCUAGAGAACCAGAACCAAGUGCUGCGGAUGCGGAGCCAGGCUCAGCAGGACCUAUUCGCUCUGCAAUUCAAGUAGUGAAGCGACUCUCCGUCACCACGGCCUGCGGAGCGUGUCGAAAACGCAAAGCUCGAUGUAGUGGUGAACGCCCCGUAUGCUCAACCUGUAUCAAGCGACAUACGAGAUGCGAGUACGACAGGGACGUUGACGAGACGCACGCAAAAGCAGUCAAGCGAAAGUUUGAAGAGAUCCGAAACCACAGAACUCCGUAUGAGCAUGUGUACGAUGCCCUCCGAUCCAGACCCGAGGGUGAUGUAGCGGCCAUCAUCCGAAAGAUUCGACGGGGCGAAAAUGUAGACGAUAUCGCCCGUCAGAUCGAACAUGGUGACCUGCUGCUCCAGUCGUCUCUCGUGCCCGAGACGAGAUAUCGCUACGAAUUCCCAUUCUCCUCGAAUAUGCCUCCCUAUCUCAUCUCGUCCUCGAACAUGUACUUGGAUUCGCUGAUUUACGAAUGGGCUCCCCCCGUUGCCCCCCCUCCCCAAGAGGCGAUAUCUGGUGUGCCCUUUGCUCGGAGGCAACCGAGCGCCGAAGUAGCCGAAUAUUAUACACCGUAUUUGAAGCCAUAUCACGCGGCCGAGAUCGUCGACGCACAGCUUAGUGCUGUUGUGCCCUCAAAGUGGACAACCGUCUGCUCCGACGAUGUUCUAAUGACAAGACUGCUCAGUGCCUACUUCCUGCAAGACCAUGACUGGUGGACUGCCUUCCAAAAGGAUGGUUUUCUUGAAGACAUGUCCAAAAUGAACCAUGAGCUAUGCUCCCCUCUCCUCGUCAACGCCGUGUUGGCCUCGUCUUGUAACUAUUAUCGUGGCCUUUCUGACCGCACUGAGUUUUGGAACCCGCAAAUUCUCGGCUACCGCUUUCUCGCAGAAGCCAGGAGACUUUGGGAGUAUGAACAGGGCCUGGACAAGCUCACUACCCUUCAAGCUGCUCUCGUCAUAAACAUUGUCUACAGUGGAUCCGGCGCAGAUAAGAUCGGGAUCGCGUAUAUGGCACAGGCAUGUGAUCUUGCCAAUAGAAUUGGUCUGUUUAAGCAGGCGGCUGUUGUGAAAGACCUUAGGCUACAGCACGCACGAGACUACACGGCAUGGGCUCUCUUCAGUUGGCAGAGUCUUAUGUGUUUUCACUACUUCCGGCCGCCAGUCGCCAUGGAACCGCCCGAAGUGCCGUUGCCGGACCCCGAGCAAGAUUCACGAUGGUUCGGAGAAAUAUGGCUCAAAUACCCACUGAGCAGAACACUCUGUCCCAGCGCUUCGGGAGAUGUCUUCAAGGCAAGGGCUGAGUUCGCUCUAAUCCUGAACGAAUUGGCCAAAUCUUUGUUUGCUGGCACACCCCCAACGGCGCAGUUGUCGGCUGUAGCUGUUGCCAACUUCUAUUUCAGGUUUAAGGGCUGGUACGACAGCUUGCCGGCAUCACUUUGCCCUCGAAGAGCUGUAUUACCGGCCCACCUAAAGGUUCAUAUGCACUACUUCCAGAUCAUUACCAGACUACUUCGAAGUCCAAGCAUACUUGGUGAAUCAGGCUCGGAACAUCAAGUCGCCAUGGCUAACCUUUUCGGUCAGCCGCCGCAGCAGAUCCUUGCCAAUGCCAUGGCAAGUUUGGAAACUCUUUUGCGGGCUUACUACCUGCGACACGGAUUCGAGUGGCUAGACACCUAUCUGGUUUCUGUGCUCAUGGAAAUGUGCUUGAGUUCCAUCGACAGCCUAGAAGACGAUGCCGCUUCUAAAGACGUUUCUGCAUUGCGCUCUAGUAUCAUUCUAUUCGCCAAAGGCAUCUAUGAGCAAGGACAGAAUUUCUUCUUGGGCAAGCUCGUCUUUCAGCUCGUACAGGCAAAGAUGCGUCAGGAGGAUUUGGAGAUGCUCGGACAGGUUGCCAGACUGGAAACCUUGGAGGAGAGGCAGACUUUUGGUCUGAAGCAAGUUCAGAUGGAGUGGCCGGUGGAUAUCACGAGCAUGGCAGACGAUCCCCGGAAGAAGAAAUUAGGCGACAUGAUCAAUCAGUUGGGAGGGACGUCACUUGAGUAG